UCCCCCUCCUUCCCCUUUUCCUUCCCCAGCGCCUCUGCCGCCCGGCCCGAGCGAUCACAGAGGCUGCGGGUCUCCGGGGGCGCCAUGUACCGACUCCUCUUGGCCGUGACGACCCGGGCCGCGACCCCGCGGGGCUGGGCCUGGGGCUGCCCGAGGCGCGGAGCCCACCAGCGCGCGGGGUCCGGGCUGCCGCGGCUCGGGCCCGGCUGGGCCGGGGGCCUCGGGCUGGGGCUGGGGCUGGCGCUCGGGGUGAAGCUGGCGGGAGCGCUGAGGGGCGCCGCCCCCGCGACGCCCCCCGCGGCCCCGGACCCCGACCCCGAGGCGUCGCCCCAGGCCGAGCAGCCGCCGCCGCGGGAGCAGCCCCUCGCCCCUCGGUCUCCUCAGACCCCGACGGCGUCCCCGCCCAGGCGCUACGCCCGAGCAAUUGACAGCAGCCGCGACCUGCUGCACCGGAUCAAGGAUGAGGUGGGCGCCCCUGGCAUCGUGGUGGGAGUCUCUGUAGAUGGAAAAGAAAUCUGGUCAGAAGGCUUAGGCUAUGCCGAUAUUGAGAACCGUGUACCAUGCAAACCAGAGACAGUUAUGAGAAUUGCCAGUAUCAGCAAAAGCCUUACCAUGGUUGCUAUUGCCAAAUUGUGGGAAACAGGAAAACUUGAUCUUGAUAUUCCAGUACAACAUUAUGUUCCUGAAUUCCCAGAAAAAGAAUAUGAAGGUGAAAAGGUUUCUAUCACAACAAGAUUAUUGAUUUCCCAUUUAAGUGGAAUUCGUCAUUAUGAAAAGGACAUGAAAAAGGUGAAAGAAGAGAAAGCUUAUAAAGCCUUGAAGAUGAUGAAAGAGAUGAUGGAAUCCGACCAAGGAAAAGAGUUAAAAGAUAAAGGAGACAAAAAUAAUGAAAAGAAUGACUUUGCUAAAGCUAAGAUAGAGCAGGAUAAUGAAGCCAAAGGCCGGAAUUCCAAACCUGUCAAGAAAAAAAAUGAUUUUGAACAAGACGAAUUGUAUUUGAAAGAGAAGUUUGAAAAUUCAAUUGAAUCCCUAAAAUUAUUUAAAAAUGACCCUUUGUUCUUUAAACCUGGUAGUCAGUUUUUGUAUUCAACUUUUGGCUAUACCCUACUGGCAGCCAUAAUUGAAAGAGCUUCCGGAUAUAAAUUUUUGGACUAUAUGCAGAAAAUAUUCCAUGAAUUGGAUAUGCUGACAACUGUGCAGGAAGAACAUGAACCAGUGAUUUACAACAGAGCAAGAUUUUAUGUUUACAAUAAAAAGAGACGUCUUGUCAACACACCUUACGUGGAUAACUCCUAUAAGUGGGCUGGUGGUGGAUUUCUGUCUACAGUGGGUGACCUUCUGAAAUUCGGGAAUGCAAUGCUGUAUGGUUACCAAGUCAGGCUGUUUAAGAACUCAAAUGAAAAUCUUUUGCCUGGAUAUCUCAAACCAGAAACCAUGGUUAUGAUUUGGACACCAGUCCCUAACACAGAGAUGUCUUGGGAUAAAGAGGGUAAAUAUGCAAUGGCAUGGGGUGUCGUGGAAAAGAAGCAAACAUAUGGCUCCUGUAGGAAGCAACGGCAUUAUGCCUCACAUACUGGCGGUGCCGUGGGUGCCAGUAGUGUCCUGCUGAUCCUUCCUGAAGAACUGGAUGCAGAAUCUGUAUGUAACAAGGUUCCUCCAAGGGGAAUCGUUGUUUCCAUCAUAUGUAACAUGCAGUCUGUAGGACUCAAUAGCACUGCUUUAAAGAUUGCCCUGGAAUUUGAUAAAGACAGAUCAGACAUACCUUAACAUCACAGGUGCAAAAUGAACUGUUUUGCUUUUUUAAACAUUAACUAAAGUCCAAAAAACAGGUUUUUAAGAAUAAAUUUGUAAUAUAGUAUAAUUGAAUGCAGAAAAUAUGUACCUCUAAUUGUUUUAAUUUUGUAAUUGACUUUUAUUGUAGGGUUAGUUCUUUAUACUCAGGGAAGUAACAAUAUUGUAUUUACUUUUUGAAAAAAGUUAAUUCUUGAAAUAAAAUAUUCUGAUAAA